CCAGAUGCAUAAAGGCAGAUAGGCAACAUGCUUCACAUAUACUGUUUUCAAGCAAUGAUUGCGGACGAAUAUCGUCUUGACCUUUGGUCAUGUCAUGGAGCGAAUCUAGCUCGACACUCCAGGCCAACUACGACGACGUAAACCCAUUCAUGGACCAGGAGCUAUGCGUUGAUCAAAAGCCAUGUGAGAGCCGACAAUUCCCUCCAUCUUCGUCCUUGCCCGAUUCCUCUUGGCGAGGACUGGAAAAGAACGUGGUCGGCCAAAUUCUGUCCAGCUACCUACCGUCAAUGUGUGAUCGGGACAUGCAUGACCUAUUAAACCAUCACCCCCGCGUCUCUAUUCUGUGACUUUAUAUACAUUAUGAUAGUACAUCAACAUACCAGUUGAAUACUGUCUCUAAGAUUCACAUUGUACAGAUACAGGGGAAUCUACUCAUUAUACAUGCGUAGUGAAUCAUAAGUGCUGCCCGCGGCCCCCGCAGGUCCCAUGGCAGCACGAAAUGCCCGCUUUCUCUCCUAGAGCCUCUACGCCAAUGCCGCAUCCGUCGACAUGCUGCUGCCGCCGGCGUUGUGAUCAUCCUCGGCGGGCUCAAUGUCGUCCGCCAAUCGCCCAAUCAUCUCCUCGUACGUUGGCCGGAAUGGCCACGCCAUGAAGGCCUCCAUGAGCUCCAUCCACUGCUUCUCGUUCAGUACUCGAGAACAGAGCUCCGCGCUCCCCGUUGCAUUCAGUCCUCCCUGGGCCGGGUCCCGCAGGCUGGGGCAGUGCGGCAAGAUACCCUCCGCCGCCCCGGGC